CCAGGGACCCUCCGCACCUGAGAGCCAGGGACCCUCGGCCACCUGCAGCCAGCGCCCCUCGGCCUCCUGCAGCCAGGGACCCUCGGCCACCUGCAGCCAGGGACCCUCGGCCUCCUGCAGCCAGGGACCCUCGGCCACCUGCAGCCACCGCCCCUCGGCCACCUGCAGCCAGGGACCCUCGGCCACCUGCAGCCAGCGCCCCUCGGCCUCCUGCAGCCAGGGACCCUCGGCCACCUGCAGCCACCGCCCCUCGGCCACCUGCAGCCACCGCCCCUCGGCCACCUGCAGCCAGGGACCCUCGGCCUCCUGCAGCCAGCGCCCCUCGGCCUCCUGCAGCCAGGGACCCUCGGCCACCUGCAGCCAGCGCCCCUCGGCCACCUGCAGCCAGCGCCCCUCGGCCACCUGCAGCCACCGCCCCUCGGCCUCCUGCAGCCACCGCCCCUCUGCCACCUGCAGCCAGCGGCCCUCUGCCUCCUGAGAGCCAGGGACCCUCGGCCACCUGCAGCCAGGGACCCUCGGCCACCUGCAGCCAGGGACCCUCUGCCUCCUGCAGCCACCGCCCCUCUGCCACCUGCAGCCAGCGGCCCUCUGCCUCCUGAGAGCCAGCGCCCCUCGGCCUCCUGCAGCCAGGGCCCCUCGGCCUCCUGCAGCCAGCGCCCCUCGGCCACCUGCAGCCAGCGCCCCUCGGCCACCUGCAGCCAGCGCCCCUCGGCCACCUGCCUGUCCCGGCCAGUUUCCUGCGACCAGCCCCUUUGCACCCACGCCGCUAGUCAUGAGCUCCCCCUUGAAGAGAGCCCCGCUGCUCAGGCCCUUCCUGACGCUGCGAGAUGCCAGCGCGCAGCAGCAGCAUCCUCCGCAGCCCAGGCGCUCCGCAUCCUCCGCCUGCGCCUUCCACCCUAAGGCGGAGGAGGUGGCGCCGAGCGUGCCGGCUCCUCACUGCAGGGGGCACCCCCUCUCCGCCCUGCCCGGCCCCACCAACUGGCCCCUGCUGGGCAGCCUGCCGGGCGUCCUCUGGAAAGGGGGGCUCAAGAAGCAGCACGAGACGCUGGCUGAUUACCACCGGAAAUUUGGGAAGAUUUUCCGCAUGAAGCUGGGCGCCUUUGACUCCGUUCACAUCGGAGCCCCCUGCUUGUUAGAAGCUCUGUACCGGAAAGAGAGCGCUCACCCCCAGAGGCUGGAGAUCAAGCCCUGGAAAGCCUACCGGGACUACAGAGACGAGGGCUACGGGCUGCUGAUCCUAGAAGGAAAGGACUGGCAGAGAGUCAGAAGUGCCUUUCAAAAGAAGUUAAUGAAGCCCACAGAAAUCGUGAAACUGGAUGCCACAGUCAAUAAGGUCCUGGUGGAUUUCAUGCAUAGAAUAGAUGAUCUUUGUAACCACAAUGGUGAAAUUGAAAACAUAUAUUCAGAAUUCAACAAAUGGUCCUUUGAAAGUAUCUGCUUGGUAUUGUAUGGGAAGAGGUUUGGACUCCUGCAGCAGGAUGUGGGAGAAGAAGGCCUGAACUUCAUCAAGGCUGUAAAAACGAUGAUGGGUACUUUUGGGAUGAUGAUGGUGACCCCAGUUGAACUUCAUAAAAGUCUGAACACAAAAGUCUGGCAAGCUCAUACCAAUGCAUGGGACAAUAUCUUCAAAACAGCCAAGUGUUCAAUUGACAGCAGACUGGAGAAAUAUUCUGCCAAUCCCAGUGAAGAUUUCCUGUGCGACAUUUACUUUGGGAGUCAACUCUCCAAGAAGGAACUGUAUGCUGCUAUCACAGAGUUCCAGAUUGCAGGAGUUGAAACGACUGCCAAUAGUCUACUGUGGGCUCUGUAUAACAUUUCACGCAAUCCACACGUUCAACAGAAGCUUUUCCAGGAAAUACAGAGUGCAGUGUUUGCUAAUGAGAGUCCAAAUGCUGAGGACCUGAAGAAAAUGCCUUACCUAAAAGCAUGUCUGAAAGAAUCUAUGAGGAUAACACCAUCUGUGCCAUUUACCACUCGCACUCUUGACAAAGAAACAAUGCUUGGGGACUAUGUGUUACCUGAAAGGACAGUGUUGAUGUUAAACAGUCAUGCCUUGGGAUCCAAUGAAGAGUACUUUAGUGACUGGACUACGUUUAAACCAGAGCGUUGGCUUGAGAAGAAUAUAAUAAAUCCUUUUGCUCAUAUUCCUUUUGGCAUUGGGAGGAGGAUGUGCAUUGGGCGUCGCUUAGCUGAACUACAACUUCAUUUAGCCCUUUGCUGGCUUGUUCGCAAAUAUCAGAUUGUUGCAACUGACAAUAAGACAGUAGAAACUCUGCAUUCAGGAAUACUAAUCCCCAGCCGAGAACUUCCCAUUGCAUUUAGAAGACGAUGAGAUUGUCUUCUGUGGACUAAGGACCAUGCUAUUGCUGCCUUUUCUGGUGACAGUACAUGUGAAUCUGGAAUGCCAAAGCCAAUAGGCACUAACCACUGGGGAAAUCUCCAUGGACAUGCCUUCAGCAAUGCACUGAUGAGAAGGACAGAAAUACAGUCAAUAAAAGUCAUGUAGUCCUUACACUGUAUGACAAUGUGUCAGUUAGCAGGUUUUUCUAAAUGCAUUUCACAAUCCUAAAAUGAAAGAACAAAAAUAUUGUGAAUCUUUGCUUCUGUGGGCCCAUAGACCAGCAAAGUUGAGGGAAAUUCAUUGUUUGUUUGAGAGUUUUAUAGUGGGCUGUGGAACUCAAUAUUGGGCGCCAGUCAGUACUGAGUGAAGUGUGUUACCAGCCGGAAAUUGUUCAGUGUUUGAGAAAGGAAUUAGGCUCAAUCCUGUGUGUGUCAUAAAGGGUACCUGGGAAUAAUCAGGCAUGAGUGAGAUGGUCCUGCUAGGUUGGGGGUGAGAUGGGACAGUGUGAAGAAAUCUUGCCUUAGUCUUUCCCAGGCUGUUCCAGUUUUGUGGAUUCAGUUGAGGAUUUCCAUCUGCAGGGCUGUCAAUUUGUGACCUUUUAACAAAAGAACUAAAGAGGAAAAUAAUAAAAGUACAUUUCCCCCUUAAAAGAUUUUCCUUUUAUAAAGCAUAGAAUAAGAUCAAAGCCAUUUAGAUGGACUUGUCCAUGUAUUUGAAUCCUGCUUCUCUGUGAUGCCUACACAAGGGGUCCUCAACCUUCAUUGCACAGCGCCC